CAUCACCUACUCAAUACAAAAAAAAAAAAAAAAGCCUCUCUCUCAAAACCAAUUAAAGAUGUGUAAUUCCAAAACUAAACUGCAGAGCAGCCCACAAACUCUCUCCCAAAUCAAUGGCCGCCCUGUUCUUCAACCACAUAGCAAUAUAGUUCCUCUUUACGAACGCCGGAACUCGCUUAAAAAGACAACUAACACUGCUGCAUCUGUUACUGCAAAUGGAAGUACUAAAGUCAAGACGAGUACAUCAACAACUCCACCGGUCUCACCUAAAAUUAAGUCGCCAAGACUACCAGCUAUCAAGAGAGGGAAUAACAUUGAUCCUAAUGGCUUGAGUUCAAGUGCUGAGAAAAUUGUGACUCCCAAAGGGACUGCUAAUAAAGCCCCAAUUUUGUUAAAGAAGCCUAAGAAAAGCAGUGGGGGCUUAGCCUCACCCCCUUAUGUGGAGAAUUCUUCAUUGAAAUAUUCUUCUUCCUUGAUAGUCGAGGCUCCGGGAAGCAUAGCAGCAGCAAGAAGGGAACAAGUUGCAAUUGCGCAAGUGCAGAGGAAAAUGAAAAUUGCGCAUUAUGGAAGAACAAAAUCAGCCAAGUAUGAAGGAAAAGUAUCUUCUCUUGACCCUUCAUUCGCCCCAGCAGUUAUCCCCAAUCCUCGAGAGGAAAAAAGAUGCAGCUUUAUCACACCUAAUUCAGACCCACUCUAUAUUGCAUACCAUGAUGAAGAAUGGGGAGUUCCCGUUCAUGAUGAUAAUCUGCUUUUUGAGUUGCUGGUAUUAACUGGUGCACAAGUUGGAUCAGACUGGACUUCAGUUUUAAGGAAAAGGCAAGAAUUCAGGGAUGCCUUUUCAGGAUUUAAUCCAGAAAUUGUUUCCAAGUACAAUGAAAAGAAGAUAACUUCAACAAGUGUCGAAUAUGGUAUAGAGCUUAGCCAAAUCCGAGGAGCUGUCGACAACUCUACCAGAAUUUUAGAGAUAAAGAAGACAUUUGGUUCGUUCGACAAGUAUCUGUGGGGAUUUGUGAACAACAAGCCCAUUGCAACACAAUACAAGGCAUGCAACAAAAUCCCAGUGAAGACUUCAAAAUCAGAAACCAUUAGUAAAGACAUGGUGAAAAGAGGGUUCCGCUAUGUCGGCCCCACCGUUAUACACUCCUUCAUGCAGGCGGCCGGCCUCACCAACGACCACCUGAUCGCCUGCCCACGACAUCUCCAGUGCGUAGCAUUGGCAACUCAACCUGCACCACCUGCCCUAUAAUUUACCUUUAAUCAGCUACUCUACUAAGCCAUAGUUUUAAGUUAGCAAACAAAAGUUGUUGAGGAAACCUAGUUGAUUGUCUAACAAUAUUCUACCUUUUUUUUUUUUUUGGGGUGAUGAAUUUAGAUGUUUUAUGUGAUUUUAUUUGAUGAUGUAAGAUAUUGAGUUGGUUAAAUGUAUAGAAAGUAGAAAGGAAUAAAGUAAGGAUGGUAUAGAUAUGGGGGGACAGUAAGCAUGUGCAGGGUGGGCAGGGGAAUGCCAAUGGCAUGUGCCAUUUGAUUUAAUUUUGUGUGGGCACUGACCACCACCAUCAGCAGCAAAAGCCAUCACUGCACCACUAUUUACUUGCGUGCUUUUGAACAGUGACUUAUCUUUCAAGGAUAAGAUCAUCAUCAACAUCAAGUACACAGAGGAGGAGCCUUUGCUUUCCCCAAUUAUAGGCCCUUCAUUCCUGUUUCUGCAGGGAAUAAAUAGUGAAUGAUUUAUUCCCUGCAUCAUUCAACAAAAAUGAAGCCACGUGCAGCAUCUUAACACAAAAGUAAAGGGGCAUUAGUUUGGUUAUGUUUGUUGCCCCAUCUUCAUAUGUUAACUUGACAGAGAGGCAAGCACAAAGUGCCUUGCAGUUUGUAUCAUAUGUUUAGUGUGGAAUUUUGAGUGUUUUUUCUUAGGACUUGGCCUUGGCUUUUUUACUGAACCUUGUUUUUUUCUUAUGGGGAUUGUAAUUCUAUUAUGGAUUUUAGUGGUUAUCAAGAUAUUUUAUGGAUGCACUUUUCUGGAUUCUGUUCAAUUGGAUAA